UUAUUGACCAUUUGUGUAUCUUUGUAGAAAUGUCUAUCCAAGUCCUUUGCCCAUUUUUAAAAAUUGGGUUUUUAUUGUUGUUGUUGAGUUCUAGGAAUUCCUUAUAUAUUCUGGGUAUUAAUUUCACAUCAGAUCCAUGAUUUACAAUGACUUACAACCCAUUGCCAUGGGUUGUCUUUUCACUCUGUUGAUGGUAUCCUUUAAUGUACACAAGUUUUUCAUUUUAAUGAAGUCCACUUUAUCUUUUUUUUUCUUUUGGUGCUGAUGCUUUUGGUGUCAUGUCCAAGAAAUCAUUGCCAAAUCCAAUGCCAUGAAGGUUUUCCCAUAUGUUUUUUUCUAACAGUUUUAUAGUUUAAGCUUUUAUGUUUAGUUAAUAUUUAUGUGUGGUGUUAGAUACGGGUCCAACCACAUCCUUUCACAUGUGUAUAUCCAGUUUACAGCACCAUUUGGUGAAAGGACUGUUUUUUCUCCAUUGAAAGACCUCAGCAACCCUCGCAUACAUACACAAAAAAUUUUAGUUCACAAGUGGCUGGCAUUGUCGGGUGUUUGGGUGUUUGUGUGUCGGUGUGGAGGUGACUCACUGUGAUUGGAUUUAGUGUCUUUGCAUUCGCUAGCAGGUCAACAUGCAAAUCUUCACUAAGACUUUGACCGGCAAGACUAUUGCCUUGGAAGUGGAAUCCAGUGACACCAUAGAAAAGAUCCAGGAUAAAGAGCUCAUUAUUGCAGGCAAGCAUCUGGAAGAUGGCCAAGCUCUUUUUGAUUACAAUAUCCUGAAAGGGUCGACCCUGUACCCUGCCCUGCAUCUGAGGCGUGGUAUGCAGAUGUUUGCGAAGACCCUGACUGGCAAGACCGUCACUCUGGAGGUGGAGCCCAGUGACACCAUUGAGAAUGUGAAAGCUAAGAUCCAAGAUAAAGAAGGGAUCUGCCCUGACCAGCAGAGGCUCACCUUUUUGCAGGCAAAGCUGCUGGAAGAUAGCCGCACUCUUUCUGAUUACAGCACCCAGAAAGGAUCAACCCUGCACCUGGUUCUCCAUCUGAGGGGUGGCUGUUAAUUCUUCAGUCUUGAAUUUAUAUACCCAAUGAUGGCAUUACUCUGCAUUCUAGCCAUCUGCCCCACUCUAGGUUUAGAUAUUACCAGUUUCAUUAAAGCUGAAUUGAUGUUUUUUUAGAUAGCUAUUCAAAAUGUUAAUAAAGGUUUUGUUGCAUGGUAAAAAAAAUUUUUUUUAACAAAUUGAAAACUGUAACAACAUAUUCAAAACCAAUUUUGAAAAAAAAAAACUUACAAAAAAUUUUUUUUUCAAUUUAACUGAAGCAUAUCCUGAGACUACAAAAGCUGCUACCUACUUGGAAUUACUUAUCUGGGUGAAAUCAAAACAAAACUUUACAGUAAUAAAUGGUUUGCUUAGAUUGUUAUAAGACUAUAACUAACAUACUUAAUCCUUAACUUGUCUCUUUGAGUUGGUAAUAAAUUAAUAUAUUUGAACAUAGAAUAGCAUUAGCAGCACUUGUGUCAGUUUUACGUAUCUGAGAUGCUGUAUAAAGAUUUCAUCUGGAGGGGCACCUGGGUGGCUCAGUCGGUUAAGUGUCCAACUUCUGCUCAGGUCAUGAUCUCACAGUUUGUGAGUUCAAGCCCCGCAUCAGUCUCUGUGCUAACAGCUCAGAGCCUGGAGCCUGUUUUGCAUUCUGUGUCUCCCUCUCUCUGCCCCUCCCCUACUCACACUCUAUUUUUCUCUCUCUCUCAAAAAUAAACAAACAUUUAAAAAAAGAAAAUGAUUUCAGGGGUGCCUGGGUGGCUUAGUUGGUUAAGGGUCUGACUCUGGCUCGGGUCAUGAUCUCACUGCUCGUGAGUUGCCCCUCUGUGUCAGGCUCUGCGCUGACAGCUUUGAGCCUGGAGCUUGCUUCUGAUUCUGUCUCUGACUCUCUCUGCCCCUCUCCACUCAUACACAGUCUCUGUCUCUCUCUCAAAUAUAAAUAAACAUUUAAGAAAAAAAUAAAAAGGAUUUCAUCUAGACAUGCACCCCAGUGUUUAUAGCAGCAGUAUCAACAAUAGUCAAAGUAAGAAAAAAGCCCAAAUGUCCAUCGACUGAUGAAUGGAUAAAGAAGAUGUGGUAUAUAUAUAAUGGAAUAUUACUCAGCGAUUGAAAAGAAUGAAAUCUUGCCAUUUGCAACAACAUGGAUAGAACUAGUGUAUUAUGCUAAGUGAAAUAAGUCAGUAAGAGAAAGACAGAUAUCAUGAUUUCACUCAUAUGUGGAAUUUAAGAAACAAAACAGUUGAACAUAGAGGAAGGGAAGCAAAGUAAUCUAAAAAUGGAGGGAGACAA